AUGACCAAGAAGUUGAACCGAGUUCCGACUACCACUAAUGUGGUACAGUUCAAUCCAGCUACCCAAUUGCCUAUCAACCUGCACGGUAACCUCAACUUUGUAACCUGGAAGGAGCAACUAGUGAUGCUACUCAAUGGACACAAGCUCCUUGGGCAUAUCACUGGUGCCAAAUCUGCUCCGCCAACCACUAUCACACAAACUGAUAGGACCAUCUCAUAUCCUGAAUAUGAGAUGCGGUUUUGCCAAGACCAACUAAUUCAAAAGGCAAUGAUGGCAUCAAUUAACCUCACCAUUGCUCCCACUGUUGCAACUGCCUCCUUGGCAAAAUUAGCAUGGGAUCUCCUUCAUACAGCUUAUGCCAAUAGGAGUCACACUCGGAUCAUUAGCUUGCGAGAUCAGUUGCAAAACUUGAAAAAGGCCUCCAAAACUGUUGCUAUUUACCUAAAGGAGAUCAGAUCAAUUGUGGAUGCUCUCAAAGUAGCAGGCUUUCUAGUGGCUGAUGAUGAACUAGCAAUCAAGAUCUUGAGUGGCCUAGGUCAUGAGUACCGUGAAAUCACUUCCGCUAUAAGAGCACGAGACACAACCCUAAGCUUUGAGGAGCUAUUCUAG